AUGCUCUCACUUAUAAUGGGAGUAGACUCCUUGGAGCUCCUGCGCCAGGAUGGCAGCACAGUGGACGCCGCCACUGCCCUCAAAGGGAAGAAGUAUUUGCUGCUAUACUUCUCCGCCAGUUGGUGCCCUCCGUGCCGACUGUUUACCCGACAGCUGGCGGAGUUUUACGAGUCAUUUCAUGAGAGUCACGGUUUCGAGGUCAUCUUUCUUUCACGCGACCGUGGCGAGGGCCCCAUGCGGGCGUACUUCUACAACCAAAAGUACAGUCGCCUGGCGCUUCGUGGCGGGGAGGGUUCGCACGGUGACUGGCUCGCGGUACCGUAUGCGCGGGCAAAUGCGAUUGGGCCGGCACUGAUGCAGAGGUAUGCGGUCCAGGGCAUCCCGACGUUGCUCCUGUUUGACCUGGAGACCGCUGAGCUCUUGACACGGAACGCACGCAACUUAGUGGCGCGUAACUUGGAUACAGCCGAGGGGUUUCCAUGGGCUGGCGAUGCAGACACGGAGCUCAUGAAGGGGCUUUCUUGGUAUCAGUUAAUUCUGAUGUUCAUUAUGCUGAUGGUGCUGUAUUACCUGUCGCGGUGA